UUCAAGUUUAAUCCAAGUGUUGUGGUUUGUGUCCUGCUUCCUGCUUUGUGCUUUCAUUUUUGGUUCGGGUUUGGCUUUGUCUUCUACACUAGGCUGCGACACAACCUGUGGAAAAAUGAGGCUGUACGAAAACGUUCAGAACACCUACAAUUAAGGACUGGACAACUGUAACAAACAAACAAACAAACAAACAAAGUAGUGAGAAAGCACAAUGAAACCACAGCGGGGUCUUGUGCGCGUGCCCGUGUGAGACCAGAAGGCGUCACAAAGGGGGUCGCAAUGGGAGGAGGAAGGAGGGCACAAGGAGCGAGGACGGGAGCGGAGGUGUUGUUGGUCCAUGACAUGAAUGAAACAUGUUCGCUAACGGAGGCAUAGCUCUCCCGGUUUGCUCCUUCCUCCUGCUGCACCUCCCGGUUGUCCCGCUAGUCAACAACUGGCCCGUUAAGGACAGAAGUGAAGGAAGGCUGGAGCGGCGUAACAUCCAUCUACAGUCACACAGCCGUGGUAGUCAGAAUGUGAAGCAGACGGGAAACAAGGAGGAAGUAUUUCAGUGGUGGGGGGAGUGGUCCACUUGGUCUUCUUGUUCCAGAAGCUGUGGAGGAGGAGUGAGAAGUCAGGAGAGGCACUGUCUCAUACAGAGGCUAUCUACCACCCAGAAUGUAAACAGUUCAUACUGUGAUGGCUCUUCUAAACAAUACCAGCUCUGUCCAAACCAGUCCUGUCCCAACCCCAGCAUUAGUUUUAAACAGCACCAGUGUUCCCAAUUCAACUCUAAAGCCUUUGGAAGAAGAUACUACCAGUGGAUACCUCUAUAUCCAGCUGACUACAUCAGCAUCUCCAAUAAGCCAUGUGACCUGCAGUGUACAACCAUUAGUGGUGAGCGACAGCUGCUAGUGCCUGCCCAUGAUGGUACCUUUUGCCACGAUACUAAAUACCAUGGAGUCUGUAUAGAGGGAAUAUGCCAGCCUGUAGGUUGUGAUGGGGAGCUGUACAGCAGUAAGGCCGUAGACAGAUGUGGAGUAUGUGGAGGCAAUGGGACAUCAUGCCAGCGCAUCUCUGGAUCAUACAGGAAGGCAUUCACACAGUUAGGCUAUAUGUUCAUCACCAACAUCCCAGCUGGAGCAAAAGACAUUCAGAUCAUAGAGAGACACAAGACUGAGAACAUCCUGGCCCUGUCAGAUGAAGCUGGUCAUUUCUUCUUCAAUGGAAAUACUGUGUUUGACAAUCCUCAAAACUUCCAUGUGGCCGGUACAGUGGUUAAAUACCGACGUCCAAGCAGUAUGUUCUCUGAUGGGCUGGAGUACAUCAUCGCACAAGGGCCAAUACAGCAGGACCUUAAUGUUAUGUACUACAACUUGAAUGGGAAGCUCCCCCACAUCACCUACGAGUACACCAUCCCCCUCAAGUCUUAUGACAAGACUGCUCUAGAAGGAAUCAACAAAAGCCACACCCACCCGCAUCUUAACGUCACCUAUAAUAAGCUGGGAACUAAUGAACAAUCAGAUGUCCAGACGGAGGAGGAAGAGGAGGAGGAAGUGGUAUGGAAGAUCCGGACACCCAGUCCUCCACCUCCAGUGGCUAUGUUGGUCUACAGACUAGCUGAAGUCACCAGCCAUGUAUUCAGCCACAAUGAUGUGGAAGAGCAGGGACCUCCAGCGCCAUCUGGCUACCGGAGUUCCUCCAAUUUGAUUGAUGAGCCGUCCACUGCCGAUGACACUCUAAUGCUCUCUUUCCCAGGUAGUCAAAGUGUUCAUUCUGCAGCCCUACCAGAAGAGACCCCCUAUUUGGUGCUAGAGGGCCUACAACACAACCAGACAGGCUCAAGCACACACUCUGCUAAACACACACUAACUGAUACUCAUUCACCAGAAGAAACUCAUAUGAAAACCAUGUCCUCUGCAGACACAGAAACACAUACAGGUGUACACUCAGACAUGCUCACAGAUACUGACACACACUCAGACACACACACUACCAUCUUGGUCCAGCUGCAACAGGUGUCUGCAGUCCAGGCAGCCAACACUGAAAGCAAUGACUUUGAUGUGGGUCUCGACCCAGAUAUUAGUUUGGCAGACAUGUAUCGCUGGAAGGUUUCUGCUUAUGCUCCAUGCAGCUCAACCUGUACAACAGGUAUCACUACUAGCUAUGCCCUGUGUGUUCGGUAUGAUGGUGCUGAAGUUGAUGACACUUACUGUGACUCUCUGACCAGGCCAGAGCCCACACAUGAGUUGUGUACUGGAAAGGAAUGUCCUCCAAGAUGGGAGACCAGUGGCUGGAGUGAGUGCUCUCGAACCUGUGGUGAGGGUGUUCAGUACCGAACUGUGCGCUGCUGGAAGAUGCUGUCACCUGGUCUCGACUCCUCUGUCUAUGAUUCGCUGUGUCUGUCACAUGACUUGCACAAACCAGCCACUAGAAAAGUCUGCCUUGGUCAGAGCUGUGGUCCACAGUGGGAGGUGGCGGAGUGGUCAGAGUGUUUGGCACGUUGCGGCUCUCGGGGUGUUCGGACUCGGGAGGUUCGUUGUUCCAUGGCGAUGAGAUUAUGUAAUAAGUCCUCUCAGCCAAUAGAAAGUCAGGAAUGUGAAGGCCCACCCUGCGACAGAAGAUGGACUGUUUCUGAUUGGGGGCCUUGCUCAGGUGUGUGUGGAGAGGGAAGGAUGGUGCGUGCAGUGAUGUGUCGAUCAUCAAGUGGGGAAGUGAUGUCAGAAGAGCAGUGUGCCCAAUCACUGCGUCCGCUGGCCAUCUAUCCCUGUGGUGACAGAGAAUGCGCCCCCCACUGGGUGGAACAGGAAUGGCAACAGUGUAACACUACAUGUGGCCGUGGUGUGCGGCACCGUUGGGUGGUGUGUGCUGGGCUGGAAGGUGGUGUGUUUAAAGAGUUUCCAGACAGUAGCUGUGACCAAACCAACAAACCAGAGACCAGCUCCUCCUGCUUCCAGAGACCCUGCUCAAAAUGGUUCACUACCUCCUGGUCCCAGUGCAGUAAAACCUGUGGGAAUGGUGUCCAGGUUCGAGAGGUCAAGUGUUACCAGGGGCAGGAACUGGUAACCAGAGGCCACAGCUGCGACUCAGCGCUCAAGCCAAAAGCCAGACAGAGCUGUGAAAUCCAGAGCUGUCCAAAAGAAACACCAGCAGCGCCCCCAGCAGCAUCAGUAGCAAUGGAUGACUCCUGCCAAGACAAGCCAACAGCCAACUGUGCCCUGGUGCUAAAGGUGAAACUGUGCUCCCAUUGGUACUAUAGAAAGGCUUGCUGCCAGUCCUGUAAAGCACCUAGACCCUGAAGUCUCAACUGUAACCUCUCACCUUAACCCCUGGACACCAACACUGCAUUCUUACUGGUGCUACACAACUACUACAGUGUGCUGCUAACAAUGUAUGGCCUCAGGACAUAACAUUUACCUUAUUCCUGUUACCGUGUCACUAUAUCAAUGGUCAGCAUGUGGUCACUGCCUUCUACAUGUCCACAUUAUCCCUUUGCUCUUGCCCCUCACACAUAGAAGUGCUCCUGAAAGUAAAUAGUUUUUAACAAUGUAUUGUCACCACUAUUAAAGAUACUAAAUCUAAAUUACUCUUAGUGUUUCCUCAAAGAAUCAUCAGCUGAGUAGUUUUGCAGACAGAGCACAAUUUCUCCUGUGUAGCAGCAUUUUAUAACUAGACGUUGACCUGAAGUGCCGAGAACAGCUGCAGACCCAUUCAUGACAGAGCCUACUUGACCUACUCCAUAUGACGAGCACCCUGACCAUUUAGCCAGUAUGCUACUAUAUGUAUUCACUGACCACCUCCUUCCCAGGCAAUGUGAAGAUGCACUAGCUUCAGGACAUAGUGGGAUGUCUGUUCAUCGGUUUCCUUAACUUCAAAACAUAAGCAGCAAACCCUUCUUUUGAUAAGCAUCCUUCCUCUAGUGUCUACUCCUCCUUUCUUUUCAUCCUUCUCAAUAUAGCACUCAUUGUUCUACAGUAAGAGGUAAAAACCCUCAAGGAUUUUUCAUCCAUCCAUCACUUAAAGUAUCUGCCAAUUUAAAGGUGAUGUUCCAUAUAGUGUCUAUAUUCUAUCCACUCCCUCACUACUACUAAAUGUUGUGUUUUCCACUAAAGGUGCACCCAAAGCAUGUGAAAGACACAAGGCAGCUUUGUUGUUAAUGUGACAACAGACCAGAACAGAGUGGAGCAGGAAAGCACUUUGGCAGAGCCAUUUCGCAUUGGUCCAAUCCCAUCCUGCUGUACCUAGCCCUGUGCAGAAAGUUUGUUCAGGCUGUACUAUUGCUGCCCUGCUGAGCUGUAGCUGCGCUUGUUUCUGCCACUGACCAGCUGAUCCACAUUAUGGCUUUAUAACAGCAGACUGCAGAACUCCUCCUAAAAAUACAUCCAGCAGUCAUGCUAAAUAAAAGUUUAAAAUGAGUAUAACACUGAAAAGUUAGCAGUAGUAAUAGUUAUAUUAACAUAUACCUUCAGUAGGUGAAUGACAUAUGGUAACACCACUCAACAAUUAAAGGCUGAUACGUGCUUCUCAUAGGGGGACCUGCAUGGGGGUCAUUCACAUGGCUGUUUCUGUUAUACAGUAUUUAAACUGUAAGACUACUAGUACUUCAGUUGUUGAGAUUUGGGAGAUGUGAAUGUUGGCUCCUCAGCAAGCAACCCGUGGUUACCCAUAUUACAUUUCAAAUGUGGUGGUACUUGGAAGUAAAAAAAGAAAAAGAAAUGCAUCCCAGGCUUGGGGGAAAAGUCUAGAACAAACACAGCGACAGUCGAGCGCUGGUACUGUACCAACAUGGCUGUUGGGGUCAAAUUCUCAUCGAUCCAAAACGCACUGUAAACAUGACUGUCACUGUUGGUCUCUCCCGUGUUGGUUAUCUGUUGUUACAUUGCCCACAGAGCUGCUGCCAUUGUUGUUUGUUUGCUGUAUCACAAAUAAAGAAUAAAAGAUUGACUGU